AUGGAAUUAGAGUAUGAAAGAAUGAAAGAAUUUGUUCCAUCCAACACUAAAUCCAUGAACUCAGCAUGCAAUAGCGAAAUUAAGGAGUGUAAGCAUGAAAUUUUGAGAAAACAACGUCAUUUGAUUUUAUUACACCUCUAUAAUAAUGAUUAUUAUCCACACUUCUUCCCAUCCAACAAAGAAGAGUUCUAUGACUAUAUCAAUCAAGAUGCAGACAAUAAUCCUGAUGAAAUCACUCCAGAAACUAAAUCUUACUUAUCACAAAUAUAUGAUCACUUAUUGAAUAACCCAGCUGAUUUAGUAACCCUAACAAACUCUGCAUCGCAUGUUUUUGAUUCUUCAAAUUUAGCCGCAUUUUAUUACUCAACAAUCCCUUCAAUUUACGGCUACUUCUCAUCAUACGAACACAUAGCAUUCGGAUAUCGCUUUUAUUGCCAGUUACUUCAAAAAGUUCAACACAGAAUAUUUUUAGAGGCCGUUGUUCCGUUUUUCCGCAACGCAACGACUUACCGUUACAUAGAAUCAGUUUCUGAGUCUAUUAUCGACUUAUUCUGCCGAGAUGUACAACUUUUGAAGACAGAAACAAAUAAUCGAUUUUUCGAAGGCAUUGCAGACAAUUUACAUGACAUAAUUGUUAAAUAUUUACAAUUACUUCCCAAGACACACCUCAAUCUCCUCAUUUUGAUGUUCAACAACAAAUAUUCUCGUCAUGACAUUUAUGAGUUCUUUGUUUCACAAUUCCUUCAACCAGAAGUCACAGAUUACCUCAAAUCAUCUGCUUUCUCUACUCAUAACAAGCUUUUCAACUCAAUUUGCGAGUAUUUACUUACAACUGCAGAUAAAAACGACUUUGAAGAGCUUUUGAUGUCAAAUUCACUCAUAGAUAUACCAUCAAUGUUCGGAGAUUUCGGACAAAAGCACAUUGACCUCAUUGUUACUCCUUUAGACGGAUCAUUACUUUCUACUUUAAUUAGAUCAACAGGAGCUUGCUCAAAGACACUCGAAGCCAUAGGAAAUAAUGGUCCAAUGGUCAUGCAAGGCUACCAAACCCUUUUUGUUAGAGUUAUUCCGACAAUUCCGAUUCAUCCAGUUUCAAGUAUCGGCGGAAAGAUCUUUUUCGAUCAGGAAAGGAUGGAAACAUGCCAUGCAAGCAUAAACAGAUUUGAUUAUCUCAUUAAAUUCCUUUCUCCCAAAUAUGACGAAAAUUAUCCGGAAUCUUUCCUCGAAGACAAGGAAUUGGACACAUCCUCGCUUUGCCUUGACUGCAGACAUAAGCUUGGCCAGGGAGAAAAGCCAGAACAUUGCGAUACAUGCGGUGGUCUCCAAAAACAUACGCUAACGUUCAAGGAAUACACAAUAGAAAAGCGCUAUGAUGAUAUGUAUGAACUUUCAGAGGCAUUUGAGAACUUUAUUGAAAGAAAAUUAAGUUUUGAUAUCCUGAAAAAGUUCAAAAGCGAUGUUGACAGGGCUCAUUCUAAUUCCCUUGCUUUACAUGCUGAGAAUUUGAUCGAUAAUUACCUUGCAGAUUCAGAACAAUCCGAAAUUGUCAAAUCAUCUCAUUUAUAUCUCAAGCAAUUCAAGCUUUUAGAUAAUCAAAAGGAUGAUAUGAUAUUCUUCGCCGCAAGAGCAGAGUCUUUGAUGUCUACAGUGUCGGCAAGCAGAGUUAAAACUGAUUUAACAGAAUUUGAAGCAAAAUUCUCAGAAGUUGUAGCAAUGUCAUCAAUAAAGAUGCCAACGCCAUUUGUGAAGAAUGAGAACCAGUCAAGAAAGCUAUUUUUCAACAAAAGAUUUGUUGAAAUUGCAGGAUUACUUAAUCUCGUGACAAUUCAACCAUUUACCAAGAGAUUCUUCCAUAUAUCGAAAUGUUUAAGAUAUCUGGAUGAGCUAAAACAUAUUUCUGGAGCAGAAAAAUCUUUAAUUCCAAAUGCACUCAGAAUUUGUGUUGAUCCUGGCGUAGUUUCAACAAUUCUUAAAUGCAUUGCGAUGCUCAUGAAGAAAAAUAACUUUGUUGCUUUGCUUCCAAAGGAAACUGCAGAACUUUGGUACGAAAUGGAGAAUGAAAUUGUUAAUAUCGCUUCAACAGAUGAAGAGACACUUCUUAUGUGGACAAGACUUGUUGAUGCAUUAGUAAACGCAUUUUAA